AUGGCAACCAUAGUUCGCAAAAUCAUCAGCACCAAAGCUGCAGCCAAACCAGUGGCACCAUAUAACCAGGCAAUUUUGGUCGAUCGCACUCUCUACGUAUCGGGAUGUCUAGGAUUGGACGCCUGCACAAUGAAAUUGGUCGCAGGAGGAGCUGCCGCCGAAGCAAGACAAGCUUUGACCAACCUUGGACAUAUCUUGGCCGCUGGUGACUCAUCAUAUGACCGUGUUGUAAAAACCACCGUCUUACUUGCCGAUUUAGCUGACUUUGCAGCUGUAAAUGAAGUUUAUGGACAAGUGUUUACACAUGACCACCCUGCCAGAUCCUCCUUCCAAGUUGGAGCACUACCAAUGAAUGCUAAGGUCGAAAUUGAAGUCGUUGCAGUUUCAGGAGACGUCCGAACUAUUCCGGCAGUGGAAUGCUAAGAAAAGAUUAUUGCAAUACACACUGCAGUCAAGUACGCAUGGGAAAAGAAAAUACCAAAAUGUAUUAUCUUCAGUGAUAGCAAGGCGAGCAUAUUGGCUUUACAAAAGCCAAAUAGAAGAUCAAGCCAAUUAAUUUUUGAAAUAUUAAAUACAAUGAAAACAAUAAAUAAUAGCGAAAACUCU